UUAUGAACGAAAAGCUCAAAUAUAUUUCAAUGGAAAAUUCACCUUCCUCAAGAGUUGAUGUCGAACGCAAAACGCAACAAUACAGAACACAUUUUCGUUAAAAGUGCAAAGUGAAAAAAAAUCAUAAAAAAUAUAUAAAACGAAGUUAAACGAACCGUGUGGAAGAGAAAAUUGCAUAGCAAACGCAACUUUUUCUGCGCCUACAACGUAAACCAGUUGUGCACAUUUCUUCAAUAUAUGUAAAAUUGCAAUUUUUCUAGAAUAUUCUGUUGAAAUUUGUGCAAAAUAACCAUUUAGCUUAAACACUGUACAAUAAUCUGUUACGCUUUUCGCUGCGUUUUGAAAAAUAAAGCUGUUUAGGUGAAGGAUAAAAUCUGGUGAAGCAGGACGACCCUGUGAGCAAGGGGUGUAUUACAUAAGCGCGGCAGGAGGAAGUGUUUUUUCACAAUCUCUUGUGUAAUAAUAAUCUUCCUUCCAAGCUCAGAGUUAUAAAAGAUAAAGGCAAGGCAAAACGUGAAGCGGGCGGCACCUAAUGAUAUUUGUUGGUGCACGUUGCGCCCCCCCACACACUGCAUAGUGGUCAUACAAUUCACUUGCGAUUCAGUGCAGUGGCAAAUGAAAGAAGCGGCAUGUGUGUAGUGUAAUACGUCUUUUACUUGGCAUAUUUACGCGCACGAACUGUAUCCACAGUCAUCGUAACCUCUCGGCGGAUCCCGCGUGAAGCGCCGCUGCGCAAUUUCACAAUUCCCAGCCAUUAAAGGGUACAUUUGCGGGAACGUUUUCGAAAACGUGUCGUCUGUUGUUGUUGUUGACUUGUGAUCAUACUCUGUUUGCCGGUCCUAAUAAAACCUAUCUGCUAUUCAGAUUUGUUGUUUUUCCUUUUGCCGUGAACGACUAAAGAAGUUAAAAAACCGGCAACAGCCGGCAUAAUUUUUGUGUUCUCUAUUUCACUGUGCAUUGAAAUUGAAAUUGUACAUUCAAAAAGUGCGGAAAAAGUUAUCGUGUGAUUAUGUCCCAGAAUCAACGUGAUACGCUCAUACAUUUGGUAGCUGGCGGAACCGCCGGUACAGUUGGUGCUGUCGUCACUUGUCCUUUAGAAGUGGUUAAAACACGUUUACAGAGUUCAACUGCUUUUCUCGGGCCGACACGCCUCGAACCACCAGGCUCCACAAAUGGCUCCAGCGAAUUGCUUCGACCCGAACAGCGACGUAAAUUGAGCACAACCAUUUUGCGUAAGAGGUCACAGCCACAGAUAAUGGCUAUCUCACAUUGCGGCAUCUCAUCCACCUCCACAAAGUCAGUGAGUAUCGUGCAGUGUUUAAGGCACAUAGUACAAAAUGAAGGUCCACGCGCCCUUUUCAAAGGCCUGGGGCCGAAUCUCAUUGGCGUAGCGCCCUCCCGAGCGAUAUAUUUUUGCACCUACUCACAAACGAAGAAUUUCUUAAAUAAUUUAAGCUUCAUGCAAACCGAAUCACCGCAGGUGCACAUACUAAGUGCCGCCAGCGCUGGUUUCGUCUCGUCUUCACUAACAAAUCCCAUUUGGUUUGUGAAGACGCGCCUACAGCUAGACUAUAAUUCCAAAGUGCAAAUGACCGUGCGAGAAUGCAUCAAUCGGGUUUAUGCGCAAGGCGGGAUCGCCGCAUUCUACAAAGGCAUCACAGCCAGCUACUUCGGCAUCUGUGAGACAAUGAUACAUUUUGUCAUUUACGAGUUUAUCAAAUCGAAAUUGAUUGAAAUGCACAACACACGUCACGAGGAUGCCAAAUCAUCAAAAGAUUUUCUGGAAUUUAUGAUGGCAGGCGCCGUUUCAAAGACUGUUGCUUCUUGUAUUGCAUAUCCGCACGAGGUGGCGCGUACAAGACUGCGUGAGGAGGGUAAUAAAUAUAAUACAUUUUUCCAAACGUUGCGAACCGUCUGGAAAGAGGAAGGACGAGCUGGACUUUAUAGAGGCUUAGCGACGCAAUUGGUGCGGCAGAUACCUAAUACAGCCAUAAUGAUGGCCACCUACGAAGCAGUCGUGUAUGUGUUAACACGACGAUUCAAUAAUAAAAGCAAUGAAUUUUACGACUUCUAGAUUUGUUUUCCUUGCGGCCCAAAGCCCAAAGCAAAUGGAACAAUUGUCCGUUUAAUGUGAACGAGUUGAAGUACAACAAGAGCACACCACACACCUGCAUAAGCGGAAUACACUGUGUAAGUGUGUGUGUGUGUGAGGAUGUGUGUGUGUGGAUAUGUAUAGGAUACGUGCGAUGCAUAGUAUUUUAUUUUACAACUUUCUAUAGCUACAAAGUUACUAUGCAACUUUAAGGCUAAAUAAGAAGUUUAAAAAAUGAUUUCUAAUUGAAGUGAGCUUUUAGGCGCGCUUAAGAGUAGACGAUCGAAGACUGCAGAAUGCCAGCGAACAAAGCAUACAACGAAUUGACAACUAUUUUAGAAUAGCUAGAAAUUCCAGAAAUCACACCAUAGAUGGAAAUUGGUUGCUAUGAAAAGCUUUGCGCGCAAAUUUUAUUAUUACAAUUAUUGCUUUCAUAUAUUUCUUGAGUGUGUGUGUAGCAAAUGAAGCACAACAAUCAAGCAAUCAAUAGAUCAAUCGAAUGAGCGCAUGACAAUAUAUACAUUUCCAUAUGCAUGCACAUGUGCACUUGAUUAUAUUCCAUUUAGGAAACAAAAAAGGAAGGGCAACAGCUAAAAGCUACGUCUGCUCAUAAGUUAAACCUAUUCGAGAAGAAUAAAAUUUAAAAAAAAGUUGCUUUUUCGUUUACUUGCAAAUGCAAAAUGGCAAUUAUUUGCAAUUUUGAUUAUCUUCUUUUUACUUCAAUGCUUUAAUUUUGCCUUAUCCAUCUACAAGUACAUACACACAUAUAUAUAUUUGAAUUUGUUGUGAUCUAUAUUUUUUCCUCAGAACUAUAGGAUACUUAUAGAUCUAGUGACUAGUGUAAACAUACAAUGUGCUUUUAAAUGGAACCCAAAACUCUAACACACACGCACCUAAACUUGAAUUGCUUAACAGUUACAAAAGAAAGCAAUGUAUGAAAACGUAUGUGUGUAUAAACAUGCACACUGUAUCAUAAAAUUUAAAAAUAUUAGUUGUUAGUGUCAAAUAAUUUAAUUAUUCCACUUUAAUUGUUAACUAUAAAUUAUUUACGUUAUUAGUUAACUGAGUGGCUAAGUGAUGGAGAGCGAUAAAUUUUAGUUGGAAAUAUCAUAUGCAUAUAUAUAUGUAUUUAUAUAUAUAUAUACCUAUAUAUAUAUUUACAUUCAUUAUAUAUAUCUAUGUAAAUAUGUAUGUAUAUAACUUGGUUGAGAACAGCAAGUCUAAACACAUAAACGUUUUUAAUUCAUAGGUCAAAUACAUUUCAGUCAAUGCGUAUACAUACAUACAUACAUACUCAUGCCAUAUACAUUUUAGUUAGUUAAGAAUACGUUUGAUUGCAAGAGUAAGUGAUUACUUUAAUGUUCCAAGAAACAAAACAAACAUACAUAUUUAAUAAUAAAUAUAAUUAAUAAUUUUGUGCAAAUUAUCGACCAUUUCAUAAAGAGUUAUUGAUUAAAAUGGGUGCAAUUCAAAAGCCGUAACCAAAAAGUAAAUUAUUUUGUAAUUUUAUAAGUUGAGAGGAAAUUUUAUUUUAUAUAUUUCACAAAAAAAGCACCAUUUGAAACAAAACUGAGAAAGAAAACAAUGAUUAAGGCUGCUAUAUUGUUAGAUUGCAAAUAAGCUUUUAAAAUUGUUAAACCGAGAAGAAGAAGAAAUAACAUGAUUACUCAUUGAGUAUACUGUUAAAUAUGGUAUAAAUUGGCACAAAAUAUUUAUGCUUUGUAAAUAGUACCUAUAUAAAUGGAAAGAGAUGUGAUUGAAUAUAUGCUAAUUUUUGAAGUCAUAACGUGAUUUUUAGAAUCCUAAAAACGCCUAAAAGUAGACUCGCAAAACUUGCUUACAAGAUGAAAAAAGUUCAUAUGAUACGUGAUCAGGAUUAUUUGACUCAAAUUUUUCGUCGAAUUUCGAUUAACCAUUAGCGAAAAAAUCAUUAACUACGCCAUAAGUUGACGUGGUUAACCGGAUAUGUUAUUGAUAGGUUGAAUUGACGCCCUUUAAUGUAGCUGAGACACGAAUGUUGUAGGGACAUCACUCUCGGUUGAUCUCGUAAAUUUUUGCUAACCAUAAAUUGAAUGCGACAACAAUUCAUAAUUGAAAAACAUGCAACUUGGCAUUUUAAUUUGUCUUAACCAAAUUACGGAAAUAUAAUAUUUACAUUUGCAUUGCAAUGUUGGAGUUACGGUACACUAGACAGGGCUAGUUUACUGGGGCGGCAGCUCUUGGUCGGGAAAAACCCGAGUCACUCCGAUAACGUAGAACCGGCUGCCAUGGGAAUGAUGCAAUAUUGGUUAAUUUGGCUGAACUAUGAAAUGUUGGUUAAUUUGCCUCUUUAUUAAUUUGCCUUUCAAAGGCUGAACUGUGAGAAAAGGCAAAACAAAAAAAAAAAGAACGUUCGAUAACUGACGAAAAAUGUGUUUAAUCAUCUGCAAAUCUACUUAUAGGCUCACAUUCUUUUUUGCAGUUCUACAAUCUUUGUGUUACUUGUAAAGUCAACGUCGUCCAAAAAGUCAUUGAUUUGUAUAUAAAUGCAUAAUAAAAAGCUAAAAAAAUAUCGCAAUGCAAUGCCUUGAAAAACAUAACAUAUGAUUAAUAAAUAAAAAGAAAUAUAUAUAAGAAACUUAUUAAAUAUUACACCACAAAGUCCUUAAAGCACAACUGUAGCCAUAGGUAAAAUUAAUUACUGAAUUUUUCUCAAAGUGUUUAAUUCAGCAAAAAUAAUAAUAACGCGUUUUAAACAUAGGCAAGACAAAGUUGAUGCUAAAAUUGGCAGGGUUUAGGAACAUUGGAAGCCCAUAAGAAUUAAACUGAAUUUUUUCAUCUUUGUUUUUUUUUUUGUUAAGCCAAGCUUAUUUCGUGUAUGUACCUUUUCACCAUUUUUCCACCCUUAAAAUGGGGGUGGAUUUUCAAUUUUACUAGAAAUUCACAUUUUUAAGUGUUUUUUAAGUUGAUAGAAAUUGGAUGUUUUUUAACUGUUUAAUGCAUAUUUCCAUACAAAAAUACAUAAUUUAAGUAUAAAAUUAAUACACACCCAUUUAUAUAUGCAUAUAUAUGUGAACAUUUUCAUGUUAAUUGUUUUAGCGUGGUAAGCGUGUAUUUUUCGAUUUUGCUUUAUAGCAAAAUUUGCUUAUAAAAUUAUAUUAAAGUAAAAGAAAUACUGAAAAAAAAGAUGUAACUAAAAAUUAAUAGGCAGAAGAUGUUAUUGUAUUGUAACUGGGAAGCUAGCUGGAAAACUGAACGAUGAAUGCGAAUAAAAGAACUGUGAAUUAAUUUGUAAUCAGUGUAUUUUACAAUACCUACAAUUGAAAUGAAAUAAAAAUUUUGUUUAAAUAAAAGUUUUAUUUUUCAAGUCAUUCAUUUUUAGUUGGGGGGAAGUUGAACAGGCGAAGAAAACACAAAAUAAAAAUAUAGUAAAACGUAUAACAAAAAUUCACCUUUUGUUUUUGCAAGACACCUGAAAUCAAUGAUAAA